UUGACAGACGAACACGUGUUUCCUUGGGAUGCGAGGGGAAACGGAAAAGAGAGACCAUGCAGCCUUUUACAGAGAACAUUGACAAGCUGAGAGGUAAACAGGAAAGUCUUGCAUUCUGGCAGAGACGUCGUCGAUUCCUGGCCGUCCACUGGAACAAGUUCCCGGUGGAGGAGCUCAAUAACCUGUCCUACUGCUACAGUAGUGUGAUGGUCUACAGCUGCCGGUACUCUCCCGAGAUCAUGAACAGGCUCUACGACUUAGCGAUGGAGGUGGCCAGUCAUCAGCAGAAAGAAGGCAAGAGAAAUGCCAGGUGUCCGCAGGAAAUCCAGGAGAAAUGGGAGCUAGCUAUGACCGAACCAGACACUUUUGGGAGGAUUAUGUUGAACACUGGAGAGGAUCCAACAAUAGAAUGGACAGAAAAUGAAGAGGAGGAUGAUGGUGGCCAAAAGUCAACAGAUGUUGAGAGGAAAGGCCAAAUAUGCUGUUCUGUGCAAAGUACACCACAUACAGUGUCAAAUGUGGAACUGAAGACUCAGAUUGGCAAAGCUCCCAAUAAAAUUCAGCAGUUCCCUGCAAAAGCUGAUCCAUGCUUGCAGAGAAAUCAUGAAGAGAAUCUGCUUAUCAAUCUAAAUGAAAGUGUAACAUUUGUGUCGACUGAUCCUUUGAAAUUGAAGAUUGACACACAAACCAACCCUCUCAUGAGAACCAUGGUACAGCAAAAAAAUGCUUGGCAACAGAAUACUGGUGUAUAUGAAAGAAGUCCACAAGACAACAAUUAUAACAAGGAAACCUUAUCUACAAAAACAAAUUCUCCACAUCAAAGAGUAACGCCCAGUGGAAAGAAUAAGUUGAAAACUCCGGUGUUAUAUCAUUCUCCCCAAGCCUACCAAAUGCAUUGUGAUCUGCCCAAACAAAAAUGUACAGUGAACACUGCAAGCUUCCUAAACAGACACUGUAUGGUGGAACGGUCACCUGAUAGAAGCUUAAUCUGGCAUCCACUGAUUCAGACAGGAGUGAAAGAGAAGAUACAGGCAAAGGAACCUCUAGGAGUAGAUGGAAUGUACAAAUGCAUUGACAAAAAACCAACUGGGUCAUUUACUGGUAUACAAAAUAAGGCAGAGAGACCACAUCCUUCAACCCCUGUAACUGCAUCCAGUAAAAUACAGCAAGCAGAUUUGGGGAGAAAGGAGAAAGUGGUGACAUUUAGAACACAACCCACUCUUAAUAAAAGCUCUGGUAAGAAAGUGUGUGUGAAAAAAGAGUGUGUCGAUGGUGUUGUAAAGGCACCUAAUGCAUUGACAAAAAAGGGUUCCUCGUUUGAAAACACGAAGUUCAGAGAGUUUCACCAAAAGAGAAAUCAUUCGGUACAUGUGCUCAACAAUCAACACUCAACACCACAGACUCAAUUUCAAAGCAGAUUUUAUCACAAUGAAUAUGUGACACUAAGGCAAAGAGAUCAAAGCAAAUUAAGUGCAGCAUCAAAGCCACAUCCAAAGGCUCUUCAAGGUGAAAUGUGCAGGAAAGGACUUCUUAGUGAUAGAGGCCAUUCAGAAUCUCGGGCUAGAGAAAAAGAUCUGAAAUUGAAGCAAGCAAAAUGUGCUUCAAAAGACUUUGUAGAGGAAGUACCCAGAAAAAAGUCAUACACCAUCACACAGGAAAAUACCUCCAGACGACCCCAUUCUCAGGGAGGAAGAAUGACCAGAGUGGUUUAUCCCUCUGUAAAAUCACAACCUACUAUCGGAGGCAAGGCGGAACACUCCAUCAAACCAGCAACAGGCAAGAGUUCCAUCCCAUCCUCUUGCGCAAACCAAGGUCACUAUAACAAAGGUCUGGAACCAGGUGUGAAACAGGGGAAAGCAGACCAAAGUUACUGCAAAAGUCUGGAACUGGGUGUGAUGCGAAGACAAGCAGACACGGGAGCCAAACCUUCUCAAGGGCCUGAGGAAGGGAAACCAAACAGAUUUCUCCUGAAGACUUUCCUCCACAACCUGCUGAAAAAAGCCAGAAAUUAGUUUGAUUAGUGUUCAGUUUAUGUUGUAAACAGAGGAAUUGAUUUUGAACUUUGUUUUGAACUGUCAGCUAACAGACUUCUAGGAUCCCAUAUCUUGGAACUUUUUAUUUGUUAAAAUAUGCCAGAUUAAUAGUGUUAAAGAUUUCUGUUUUAUUUUUUAAAAGCCAAGUAUAUAGCUUGUGAUAAAUCAUUUUAUAUCAUUUUAUAUCCUUCUCUGAAAAUUGUUAACAGUUUAUAUUGAUUUGUAUAAAUUUAUAAUUAUUAUUGGCUGUUUAUUUUAACCACAAGAAGGUACUCUUGUGUUUAUGAAUGCAGAAACAUGCAAACUGAAAUAAAGUUUUAUUUUUCAAUGAUUGUUAAACAUCUUAUAAGGAUUUGUUGAUCAAAUGUGGCUUGGAU